AAUACAUUUUAAGAUAACUUCUACAUUUCAUUUCGCGCCCUAAAUAUUUUGUACAAAUAUGUAACACUUUCUAUUCAGAAGACACAGUGAGUGACAUUGAUAUCCCGCUAACAAUGUAAAUUGUAACUUAGCGCAGGUCAUCCUAGUUGUGUGUCCCGCGUGCUACAUACCCGGUACCGCUAACAAUUAUCACAAGUUCACACCCGGGAUAUUUCAAUUGUUCAUUUUGAAUACUUCAGGUCGAUUUCCACAUUUAACAGUCAGUUCUCAAGCGGGCCGCAGGGCAAAGUACAACAGGAGACAAAUGUGCAAAUAAAAUAAAAAUGAAAAAUUUAAUAGUUUGUUCGAUAUUAGUGUGUAUUUUAAACGUAAACGCUUUGAAUCCUGGACCAUUCGUGUAUGUAGUUACUCCAUCCACACAAAAAUUAAGUGCAAAUGAAGGAAGAUCUGCGCCAUUUUACUACCGGAACUGGAUGCGACGCAUGGACUCUGGGCCAAAUUCGACAUCGACAUCCACAACCACUCCUAGUAUCAACACGCCAGAUUUAAUAUUUGCAGAAUUCGAAUCAGAAUCCGACAACAAUAUGAGAAAAUCUAUAAGAAAAUUGUUGGAAAAGGAGAGAGUACAACCCAAAACCAGUACAACUUCAACAACAACUACGUCGGGGCCCAUAUAUGUGUUAGAAGAUGAAAAAACUGUUCAUGAUGGUCAAGAAGAUGAUAUACACAAUUUUGAAGAUAAGGAAGUAAAAUACCAAAGUGGAAGUGAGAUCACAGAUUAUUAUACUAUGUACAAUAAUUUGUACAAUAAUGUUCCUGCUCCUGUUUAUUUGCCCUCGACUACUCAGUCCACAACGACGCGAACGACCACUUCUACUCCACCACAAACUACUCCGGUGCCGGUGAAGGUUGAAAAUAUUUGGCACAUCAUUGACAAUGAGAAACAAGAUAAUUACAUUGGAAAAUGGAACGAAGUAUCUUUAGAUUCUAAUAACGAUGGCAGUACAAUUAGCGAUAUGAGUGACAACAACAAUGAGAAAUUUGAUGAGAACUUUUCUAUACCUGGAUUUGGCAAGAAUCCAGGAAAUGGGGCGGAAAAUGAAUCUCGAGCAAUUCGUACCGAACAAAAUAUCCGUUUUCCAUACGUCAGUUUAAAACCAUUUCAAAUGAAAAAGUCACUACUUAAUACAAUGCCAAAUAGUAAAAAAGGAAACAAUAUGUUUACUAAUUUAGACAAUUUCCAAGAACUCAAGAAUCCUGUUAGAGGAGAGGCACAAGACGUUGUAUCAAUGAUGCAACCUAUCGAUCGAUAUAAUCCAGCGCAACCGUAUUUGCCUCAAGAUUAUGGUAGUAAAUCAAAACAAUCUACUCCCAAUAUUAAACCAAAUAAGGCAGUAGCUAAUUUAGUUCCUCCUCCGCUACCUCCUGCUCCACAAUUAACUGCCGACGAUUUUCCUGUGCCAACUAGCUAUGAGUCGUUUCCUCCUUACCCUCCAUCAGCGCCGGUUUCUUCUCCAGUAUUACCUCCCCCUCCUCCACCACCUCCAAAACCGCCUGUUAAUGUUUAUCAGCCACCAAAGGAUGCAAUUCCAGGAGACACAAAUGAUAAUGGUCCUCCCAUGGAUUUGGGAUACCGCUACAAACCCUCUUCAUCUUCUGGCUUUGUGCCAACUCUCCCACCAAUAAGCAGUUCAUUUGAUAGUUAUAAACCUAUGAUGACUGCUGAUGCUCCACCUCUAGGAGGCUACUCUUACAAUAAACCGCCCAUGACAUUUGAUUCGCCGCCGGCAAUGGAUAUGGAUAUGAACGGUUACUCUUAUGAUAAACCACCUAUGGUUAUGGAUAAUAAUAAACCAGAAUUUUCGGGAUAUCAAUAUGACAAGCCUAAAGAUCACCCCGCACCAUCAGACAGCUCCAGUUAUGGUGCACAUACGCCACCUUUUAAUCAUGACUCCGACUAUCCUGAACUUAUUUUCGAUAAGCCGCAUGGAAAUAAAGGUUCAGAUGACUCUAAGGACAUGGGAAUGAUGCCGCCGCCACCGCCUCCACAGGAUAUGAAGCCAGAUAUUGGCGCGGAUAGCCCUCCAGACGACCACGGAUUUCCACACGAUUUUCCGGGAGAUUUUAAAUAUCACGAUUUCGAUCAUGAUUUAUAUCACCAUCAUCAUCAUCCCACAACUACAACAACAACGACAGAAAUGCCUCGUGUGAACAGAUACAGUUAUUAUUACUUAGGCAAGAAACUGUACUACUUACCACUGUACUUCAGCGUGUAUUUCAUUAUCUACGUAGGUGCGUUGAUAAUAAAAGCUGUGUUACGACACAAGAUUGUGUACCCGAAUAGUUGGCGGCCUAAUGACCAGACGGCAUCAUUUUUCUCCAAAAGAUCCGUGGACUCGUGGGAUUUGUCCAAUGAAAACUUGCAUGAAAUAACUGGUAGAGUUACAAGAGCUAUUGGACAGGCAGCGGAAAAAUACAUGACAGAACGAAAUAAAUCUAAAUGAUUACUAGUCUUAAAUUGUAAAUCAAGCACUCUAGAUUUUAAAAAAUGUUGUAAACUGGACAUAUUUAAUAAUAAUAUUAAUGUAAACUUGUAACAUAUAUUUGAAUAUUGUUCAUUGUUACAACAACA